AUGUUUGAUAUGGUAAUGAAAUUCGUGGAUGUAUUUCGCAGUUUGGUUCGGAAAUACCACUGUUUUGGGAGCCAACAUGAUGUUCGAGAUCAUCUUUUGGAACAAGGCGCAGGGGUUGGAAUAGGAGUCUAUCGUGACACGGUGAUCUGCGGCGACUGGGAGUACAGCCUUCAACCGUCUGAUUGCUGGAAGCCAUCCAUGAAAAUUGAAUAUGUUCAACAAGAUUAA